AUGGAGGUCACUGUGAAAUGGGGGAAGGAAAAGAUACGCGUACCAUUACCACCUCUCGAGACCCCUUUGUCCGAGUUCCGAAAGUCCAUAUCCGAUGUGACCGGUCUGCCUCCUGAUGGCUUCAAGAUCAUUUACUCUGGAGCGGUUCUGAAGGAUAACACUGCUUCAUUAGCAUCGUUCGGGGUCAAACCUGGUCGUGCACUGGCGAUCGUCGGUCUCAACGAGCCCUUACCAACGCCGAGCACUGCCGCUGCGCCUGUUGUCAAAGAGAAGCCCACCGAGCAGUCGACGAUUGAGAGGAUUCGGAAGGAGUUGUCGAUGCUAACCUCCACAUUGUCUCCCGAGCUGGAGACAUUCCUGGAAAAGGGCGCGUCUGUGGAGAAGGAGGAGCGCGAGGCCACCCACACACGGCUUGGUGAGCUCAUAUUGCAAGUUCUGCUGCGCUUGGAUGCGCUGAUGGUGGAAGGAUGGGAAGAAGCGAGGAAAGAGAGGAGAGCGGCAGUCAAACAUGCACAAGACAUGCUGAAUCGACUAGAUGAGGGUUGGAAGAAGAUGAGAGGUGGAGCAUGA